GAAGUUGUGGCAAUAUUUUCUUUCCCUUCAUUGACAUAGGUCAGUGGUUCAUAUUCUGUGUGUGUGCAUGGAUCGUUUGAAUCAGGAUUUUCCUUAUUUCUAGUGGUAGUCUAGUGUUUGUUUUUAUUUUUGAUGAUUUUUAGCUGUGAUAGGCUUUUAAGGCUAGUAUGGCUCUAAUCCAUCUCAGCAGAAGACAGUUGUUGCAAGUGAUGCAAUCUGAUGCAAUCCUACUUUUGUUUCAGAUCCACCUGAGAAAAUGUUCCAGAUCCUCACAAUGCUGUUGGUGGAAACACAGCUCUAUGUGGUUUCAGCUUUGUUUACAGUUGAAGUUCCUCAACAGCUGUAUGUUGUGGAGUAUGGGAGCAACGUGACCAUGGAAUGCAGAUUCCCCGUGAACGGCUCAUUAAACCUAGGGCUCCUGACUGUUGUUUGGGAGCAAAAAAAGCAGGGCCAGCCGAAAUCAAAAGAGGUGUACACACUCCACAAUGGGAAGGCGUUUGCUCCAUCCCAACAUCACGAUUACAUAGGAAGAGCAGCACUUCUGCACAGCGAACUGAAAUUUGGACGAGCUAUCCUUCAGAUCACCGGCGUGAAGAUCAUAGAUGCAGGAUCAUACCUUUGUGUCAUUGACUACCAGGGCGUGGACUACAAGUACAUUACUUUGGAAGUAAAAGCACCUUACAGGAGGAUAAACACUCAAGUAACGAGAAAACCAGGUGAAGACAAGUUUGUUUUUAUGUGCCAGUCAGAAGGCUUUCCUCUGGCAGAGGUUUUCUGGCAAAAUGAGAAGAAGUUCAAUCUCAGCGGAUCUGCAAAUACCACCUAUACGCUGACUGCAGAUGGCCUCUACAAUGUCACCAGCAUCCUGACGUUCAAACCAAAUAUGAGUGAGAACUACAGCUGUGUGUUCUGGAAUAAAGACCUGAAUGGAGAAACUUCAGCUCACAUUUCCACUUCAGCUUUAAUAAGUACACAGUAUAGCGGACAAAAAUCCCUGAUCUUAUUUAUCGUCCCCAUGUGUGUGAUGGUAGCUGUCCUUUCCUCUGCACUAAUAUACUUUCAAAAGAGAAAAUCAUGCAAGAAUGGGCAACCCAAAAAAGACAGGAAAAGAAAACUGAAGCCUAACCUGAAAGAUGAGAAGAGAGACGAUUUUAACUCUCAAACUGAGGCUUUAUACUUGUCAACUAUCACGGCUUCGAGAGACAGCGGGAGUGUGGGUCUGUAAAAACUCUUCUUCUCACAUGCCAUAAUUUGCACUUUUUGUAUCUGUUUUUGGGGACUUCAAAGUAAAGUUACAGCACUUUAGCUUUGGGACGAACAAUGAACUCAUGGGGAUUUAUUGGCACUGCAGCAAUGGAAAGAUAUGCCUCUUCAGAGACUAUAUCUUGAAGUUACUGAGAAUUAUGCUGUCAUGAAAUGUGGUUUACCAUUGUGAAGAGGUUAUCUGAGUGCCUUUUAUACACUUCACUUUUGGACUUACUGUUGCUCAAGGAAUUUUUGUUUAGGAAUGCCUUUAUUAACUGUUCCAGUCUCAGGAAUGGUGCUUGGAUUCAAACAUCUUGUGGGAAUUUGAAUAAAAGCUAUACACGCUAUCUUAAGCCUGAACAGUCGACUUUCAGGUGGAGACAUCAUUACAUGCCUGUCUCUCAUUUCCAAACUUUCCAAAACAUUAAACUGGAAAUUACCACCAGUACCCACCAGCACCCACCAGCAUGGCAAUAUACGGAAGAUAUUUCAUAUCACAAAAGCAAUAAAAGGUUGAAGUUAAAUCAAAGGACAGACAAAAAAAAUACCUACACCAACAGUAAAUCAACAUUAUGUCACAGAAGAGAAUUUUAAUGCACAGCCUGUGUAAAACCCCGUCAAUAAGUCAAGUAAAAAACGUGAACUGUGAUGCUAUGCUACAUGUCAGUAAGAAGUUUUACAUUUGAAAUGAUUACUCAACAGAAUUUUCUUUAGGAGGAAUUUGGAAGCAAAAGUGAAAAUGAAGCUCAGCCAGAUUCUCCACUGAUUAUUUUUAGACAGUAAUUUUAACUUUUCUCGGAGGAAAAUAUGAGUUUUCCAUGCCAGGCACUUACCUGUUUUACUUCCUAUUACUGGAAUGCCUAAAAAUGCCUCAUUCAACUGCGAAUACACCAUGUGCUGGGCACAGCUUCUACAGUGCCAGGUUUGAAAAAACAUCCAACAGGAAACAAUUCUGCAUCUUGGAUAAUCAUCAGAUACUGAAGCAAGGGCACAGGGUAGGAUUUGUCAUAUUAUUUUCAAAGAGCACUGGCUCUGGUGAGCUGCGUUUUCUCCUAAGACAGACCUAACAAGGUUGAAUAAAGGUGUUCACAUGGGAAUUACUUUUGUCAUUAUCUCAUUCUUGGAAGAGUGCUAUCUGUUCCACAAAAAAUAUCAUAUCAGUAAUGUUACGGUUUUCUUCAUAGCACUUGCUCUGGAUUAGAUGGGAGCUGCUUCUCCAGUGUCACGUUGCAGCUAUUUACUCCAACACAAAGUGGACCUACAGUGCUGCCAUGAGACCAGAGAGACCCUCACCCUCUUCUGUUUCACCAGAUGUCUAAUUUUAAAUAGCAGGGCUGCUGCUGAUUUUACUUGUGGAAGAGAAAAAAACAAUCUCUGUCAUCACCUCUACUUUAAUAUCUAUGUAUUGUACCUUUAAAUACUCAUUUGUAGCCAUUGGAUUCAGCUGAGACAAAUCCACACCAGGCUUGCUAUGUCCUCGCUGACAUGGCAGAUCAGGUAGAUGUUGGAGAAUCAGAGGCAGCUUCUUGAAGCAUUGCUUAGCUUCAGAAGCAAUAGCAGCUUGGGAACUGCCCUGGCUUGCACCAUCUAGCAAUACUUAAGGGUCAGUGCAUAAGGUCAAGCCAUUUUCUCCCUGUGCCAGAUUUGUAUUCUGCUGGGAACCAUGAGGCCCUUCUGUCAGCUGCGGUGAAAAAUCUAACCCACUGUGUUCCUGGAAGGACUUCAUUUUGCAUUUUUCUAUUUCCUUUUUCCUCAUAAGCACAAAAUGGAGGUAAUUAAAACUGAAUUUAUGUGCAUGAACAUAAACAGUACCUCACACCCUUUGAAAUUAGAUUAUGCUGAUUAUCGUUGUUCCUUACUGAAAUGGAAGUCACCCUGACAUUAUCUUAUGCUGCUGAGUAAAUGUUGGCUUGGCGUGGGCAGGGAAGAACAGGUGUGGGCAGCGCUUCCUAUCCAUUUAGCAGGCAUAGCAAACACUACCCUGCUUUCCCUCUUAAUGGUCUGUACAUUGAAAGG